AUGACUGUACCGCGAAUAUCGCGCCUGCUCAGCAGCUUCAGGCCCUCCACUCGAUGCUGGGCACCCAUUCCGUUGCGUCUUCCAACAGUAUACAACGUUGGCCAAUAUCGUCUUUUACAAACCGAUGCAAGCGAUGUUAUCUUCCUACAGGAAGUGAAUUACGACGCCUACGCCCACCUGCUGCGUGACACACGCAUCAGAGACGGAUAUUUCAUUACCGACGCUGAGGAUAAGACAGCCUUUGAUGAUGUGCCGUUCACAACUAUUACAUUACUGUCCAAGGCAAGUUUUACAUGCCGUAAUACUCCAGGUAAUAAAUUAGUUGGUCCUGUCACUCGACAUAAAUUCCCGAGCCAUUAUGGAAGAGAAGCUCUCUCCACGGAAGUGUUUUUACCAUUAUCUAGCUGUGAUGAUGGUUGGCGGUGUCUACGUCUUAUCAAUGUGCAUCUUGACUCUCUGAGCUCGACACUGCAUUAUCGGAAAGAGCAGAUGGCGAUUGUGGCAAGUAUAUUGCACGAGGAUAUAUAUCAAACAGAGGAAGGACAAGGCGGUUUAGGUCUUGCUGCUGGGGACUUCAAUGCUAUCAGCCCAGAGGAUCAGGAACUCAUUGCAAAGAACAAAUUAACAGAUGCAUGGGUCCAGUUACAUGGCGAUAACAUAGCAAGGUAUGGGGGCUCGACCUGGGGAAAUGCAAAGGAUAAGCGCUGGGAUCGCCAGCGGCCUGGAAGGCUGGACAGGGUUGCAAUGACGGGGGGAUUGGAAACCCUAAAAAUGGAUAUUCUUCGUCCUGGUACUAUUACGCUACCAAAACCUGGCAAGGAGAAUGAUGAAAUCAGCUGGAGCGAUCAUGCAGGACUUAGGUGUACCUUUCGGAUAUGUUAUUAG